AUGGCAAGCCUCAAAGCAGAGACCAAUAUGGAAGCAGGAAAUUUGCCUGAAACGCCCGGCACUAUAACUCUUCCACCAAGGUCCCCGGAAUCCAUCCCGACCCUCCUAUUUGAAGAUAAAUUCAAGUGGGAGAACUACCUGGAGAGCUCCUACCGAAGUCCACUUGGCGUCUGGCUCAAGAUCUCCAAAAAGAACGCCGAAAAGUCGACAGUCACCUACGACCAGGCCCUCGACGUAGCGCUUUGCUUCGGCUGGAUCGACGGACAACGCAAAGCCUUUGACGAGCAGCACUUCAUCCAGAGAUUCACACCGCGUCGGAAGAACAGUCUGUGGUCAAAGAGAAACGUUGACAAAGUCGCGGCUCUGACGCAAGCGGAACGCAUGAGGCCAGCUGGACAAGCGGAAGUCAAUGCCGCCAAGGCAGAUGGGCGAUGGGAUCGGGCCUACUCUUCUGCAAGCAUGAUGGAAAUGCCUUUGGACUUUGCGGAGGCAUUGCGAGGAAACGAAAAGGCGAACGAGUUCUUUGAUUCUUUGAAUAAGACGCAGCGAUAUGCUUUCUUAUGGCGGAUUGAGACUACGAAACGGUCAGAAACGAGGAAACGGAAAAUAGAUCAAUACGUCGGUCUGUUAGCUGAGCACAAGACGAUCUAA